CCCCCCCCCUCCUCCCCGCUCCCGGUGGUCAGCUGACCGUCGGACGGUCUGGUGACUGUCAAACCCGUGAAGCUCGCACCGUGACCCGGACACACCAGCAGGCCGAGGCCGGUCCCCGUGUGUGCCCCGCUCCCGGAGCUCCUUCCCCGGACUGGUUCCCGAACGCCCCCCGCUGUCUGUGAGCCGGAGGCCGGAUCGUCGCCCGGAAACAAGCCGAGCUCGUCCCGGCCGGAGUCGGAUUGUGUCGCAGCGUGUCGGCCGGUCGGUCAGCGGGAGUGCCCCCGGCCGGCGGAGCGCCAUGGCCGCGCUGGAGCUCGCCAUGCAGGGCCUGGCCGUGUUCGGCUUCCUGCUGUUCUUCGUGCUGUGGCUGAUGCACCUCAUGUCCAUCAUCUAUGUGCGUCUCCACCUCCACAAGAAAAGGUCGGAGGUCAAGCAGCAGUUUGUGCAGCUGGCGGGAGUUUCUCUGCUGAAGCCGUUGAAGGGUGUCGACCCGAACCUGAUCUCCAACCUGGAGACAUUUUUUACACUGGAUUAUCCCGAGUACGAGAUCCUGCUGUGCGUUCAGGAUCAAGAUGAUCCAGCUGUUGACGUCUGUAAAAAAUUGUUGGGCAAAUAUCCCAACGUAGACGCUCGAUUGUUCAUCGGGGGGAAGAAAGUUGGAAUUAACCCCAAGAUCAACAACCUGAUGCCGGGGUACGAAGGAGCCAAAUAUGGCCUGGUCUGGAUCUGUGACAGCGGCAUCAGAGUGAAACCCGACACCCUGACAGAUAUGACCAAUCAGAUGACGGAGAAGGUGGGAUUGGUCCAUGGGUUGCCUUAUGUUGCCGACCGCCAAGGCUUCGCCGCCACACUGGAGCAGGUUUAUUUCGGGACGUCCCACCCUCGCUCCUACAUCUCGGCUAACGUGACGGGCAUAAAGUGUGUGACGGGGAUGUCGUGUCUGAUGAGGAAAGACGUGCUGGAUCAGGCCGGCGGUCUGGUCGCCUUCGCUCAGUACAUCGCCGAGGAUUACUUCAUGGCCAAAGCCAUCGCUGACAGAGGCUGGAAGUUCGCCAUGGCGACGCAGGUGGCGCUGCAGAACUCUGGGUCGUACUCCAUUGGCCAGUUCCAGUCCCGCAUGAUCAGGUGA